GACGGCCAUGUGGGAGGACAGCAGCGGGCAGAUGUUCCACGCCCACUGGUUCUGCCCCGGCUCGGACACGGUGCUGGGGGCCACGUCGGACCCGCUGGAGCUGUUCCUGGUGGACGAGUGCGAGGACAUGCAGCUCUCCUACAUCCACGGCAAGGUCACCGUCGUCUACAAGGCGCCCUCGGAGAGCUGGUCCCUGGAGGGCGGGCUGGACAUGGAGAUCAGGAUGGCGGAGGACGACGGCAGGACCUACUUCUACCAGAUGUGGUACGACCAGGAGUACGCCCGCUUCGAGACGCCGCCCACCAGCCAGCCCAGCGAGGACAACAAGUACAAGUUCUGCAUGAGCUGCGCGCGCCUGGACGAGGUGAGGCACAAGGAGAUCCCCAAGGUGGCCGAGCCCCUGGAGGAGGUGGACGGGAAGAUGUUCUACGCCGUGGCCACCAAGAACGGCGUCCGGUACCGCGUGGGCGACGGCGUCUACCUCCUGCCCGACGCCUUCUCCUUCAGGUGGGCUUACAACGCCAAAACCAAGAGCUUUGAGGACCCCCCCAACCACGCCCGGAGCUCUGGGAACAAAGGGAAGGGGAAGGGGAAGGGGAAAGGGAAAGGCAAAGGGAGGCCGGUGAGCUCCGAGCAGAGCGAGGAACAGGCCGAGCCCAAACUGCCCAAGUUACGGACCCUGGACGUGUUCUCCGGCUGUGGGGGGCUGUCCGAGGGCUUCCACCAGGCAGGGGUCUCGGAGACGCUGUGGGCCAUCGAGAUGUGGGAGCCGGCGGCGCAGGCGUUCCGGCUCAACAACCCCGGCACCACGGUGUUCACCGAGGACUGCAACGUGCUGCUCAAGCUGGUCAUGGCCGGCGAGAAAACCAACUCGCUGGGCCAGAAGCUGCCCCAGAAGGGGGACGUGGAGAUGCUCUGCGGGGGCCCCCCCUGCCAGGGCUUCAGCGGCAUGAACCGCUUCAACUCCCGCACCUACUCCAAGUUCAAGAACUCCCUGGUGGUCUCCUUCCUCAGCUACUGCGACUAUUACCGGCCCCGCUUCUUCCUGCUGGAGAACGUCCGGAACUUCGUGUCCUUCAAGCGCUCCAUGGUGCUCAAGCUCACCCUGCGCUGCCUCGUCCGCAUGGGCUACCAGUGCACCUUCGGGGUGCUCCAGGAAGGGAACCGGUCACUUGACUCCUUGGGCGGCUUUGGGGACGUUCCCAAAGGAAGGGAACCGGUCACUUGA